GAAACGUUGAUCAGACACGUGCACACAGCGUUUAUCAACUGGUGGCUAUAUAGCAUUUUUGCAAGUGGGACACCUGUGUAAAAUAUGUUUUGGAAGCGUUAAACUCAGAACUCGUAUGAGGACGAUAAAGGAGAUAUCCAAUGUGGAUUGACUGAAGUCCCAUCUUUGGAAGACCUCUUAGAGGAAGAACUGCCAGGAACAGAAGGAUGAAAAGGAAAAGGAGAAAGAAGAAUGCUGCUGUAACAGAGGCCAUGGGAGGGGAGGAGGACCCAAAAGAAGAGGCCCUCCAGGGGCCUAGCACCUUAGCUGAUGUGAGGGAGGAAUAUCGUCCACCUGUGGAGGAUCUGGGAGUUAGUGAGGAGGAAGACCUGUAUCGAGGAGCUGAAGAUCUCCCCCAAGGGCCAGUCAAACAUGCAGGACCGGGGGGAGCACUGUUUGAAAGCACACUUCCGAAGGCUGAGGACCGAUGCAGCCUGGAGCCAAUGCUGGAUAUUCUGUCCUACAGUGAGAGUGAGUGGAAGGGAAACACUACCAAAAGUACCCUUAUUAGAAAGAUCCCUCUUCCUGUCUGGUCCCAGGGUUACACUAAGCUGUCUCAGAGGUUUGAGAGCCUGAGACGGGUGAGAGGCGAUAACUACUGUGCCCUCCGAGCCACUCUUUUCCAGGUGCUCUCCACCAGCACCCAGCCGCCUGUCUGGCUGCAGGUCGAACACAUCUCCACGUGGGCGGAGGAGCUGGAGGCACGUGAGGGGCUGAUUGGCCAGUGGAUGUUCCCCUCGGAGUGCAGACAGGGGGAUGGGAGCGAAGACGCCGUCCAACAGCUCAAACGCUAUAUGGAACUCCUCCAGAACAGGUGGCAGGCGGCGGUGGGCUGCUCCAGCAUGGAGGUGAGACAGCGGUUGUGUGAGCGUGUGUUCCAAGGAGGGGAGGAGGAGCUGGGGCUGCUGGAGGCCCUGAAGCUCCUCAUGCUGGUCCGAGCGUCAGAGUUCCAUACCGCCAUGCAAGAGGGAGGGGACGUGCCCGUCUUUUGCUGGCUGCUCUAUGCACGCGACUCUUCCGACUGCCCACGCACAUUCCUCUCCAACCACCUGAGUCGAGUGGGUUUCAGCGGGGGUCUAGAGCAGGUGGAGAUGUUUCUGCUGGGAUAUGCCUUGCAGUGCACCAUCCAGGUCUACAGGCUGUACAUGACAGACACAGAGGAGUUUGUCACCUAUUAUCCUGAUGACCAUAAGGAAGACUGGCCCUGUGUGUGUCUGGUCACAGAGGAUGACCGCCACUACAACGUCCCAGUGGGCCAGCACAAUGGACUCCAAGUCCCAGAAGACGUCACUGCUAUCCCAGAGGACAUCCCUCCAGACUGUUUGGACUCUAAGUCCCAGGCUGAUUGCCACUGAAGAAAAAGCUCAUGGCAUGCACACAAUGCCAUAAUGUCAGAAGGCUCCUCAGGUUGACUGGAAGAAGACUCAUGCUUAUUGACAGUUUACACUUAGUUAAAAAUAGCUUUUGGAGUAUGACUAGGGCAGAACGACAGGUUUUUACCUUGUCAGCACGGGAUUCGAUCGAGCAACCUUUCGGUUACUGGCCCAACGCUCUAUCCAUUAGGCUACCUGCCGCCCCAAUGUUGCUUGUUUGCGUUGAAUCCUGUCCCAGAACUGAUGAAUAAAUAUAUCAGAUCACACAAUACCAUCACGAUGCAUUUUACUAUCAGGUGUAAAUGGUGUCUGUCAGAUGCCCACUUGCAUGAGAGAUGGACACUUAACCAUCCUGCAAAAGGUGACCAGAGCAAACUACAGUAAGCAGAAGUUGAAACCUCACAGCACGGCAUUUAAAAUAGAACAAAUGACUACUACUUCAUGUUAAGGGUUUAACUUUGACAUUGUUUGACACUGAAACCAUUUUGAUACCAGUAUUUGCUGUGACAUUUAAAAAAAUGAUAUACACUUGCAUUUUGAGACAAUCGUAAGGUUAGCACUAGCAAUAACGUAUUUGAAGAUGGGCUUAAACUAGAAUCCAGAGGAGAUUGUUUGAUCAUUUGUCCCUGUAUCAAAGGCAUGCCUGGUCUCUGCUUUUGCCAUUAUGCACUUGACUGAAGGUGUGAUCUUUUUUCGAUAUGUAACAUGUUGCCUUUAACCAAGGUGCUCUUGGAGAAGAACAUUGUGCCAGUGUUGCAACAUCUAGAUACUGGCAACUGUUUCCAGGUUCAUUGUUAAACCACCAGCCUCAGUUGGGUUCCAGAUAGGAAGCCUGGCUUAGUCCUCCAUGUUGCCUUAAGUUAUUUAUGCCCAGUAGGGGUGAAGAUUGGCAAUUGCUGCCUCGACACCAUUUAGCAAGGAAAGAUCAAGGUAACACUGAUUUAUACCAUUUGGUUAAAUGCUUUUCUAUAUUGUUCAAUUUCUUUUUUAUUCACUGUAUCAAUGUUUCAAUAGUCUUCUAUUAUUUUGAUCUAUUUAUUUGCCAAAUAAGAUGCCUUUAAAAAGAAAGAAAAUGGCUAUACUUGUCAAAAUAAAAAAAGUGGACAAGCAUAAUGUGAACAGUCACGAUACCAGAAUUUUGAUUUCAAUACCACCAAAAAAGCAGCUAGUUUUUUCUAUAGAAAGACAUUUGAUGUUCUUUCUAUAGAACCGCACCAGGAGACCACAUAUUUAGGUCUGGGGAAAAAUGUAAGAACUGUAGCUUGGAGUAGUUUAAUACCUUGUAAUUCAAAUGCAUAUAAACCGAGCAGUUUUUUCUGUAAAGCACGUGUUCUAAUUUGCUAAACAAAUGUCUGCUGGAUUGAUGCCAAUCAUGAUUCUGCCAGGUAGGCAUAGGUACCUAAGGCCUACAUAUAGAUUCAAUUCAAUCAAGAGUUAACCAGCGACGUCAGUUGAACUGCAGUUGGAGUGUCAAAUAGUUGAGCAGCUGCUCUUGUAGUCAUUGACACAAGCCACAAUUGCCCCCAUUGGCGUUAUGAGUUCAGAAUGAGAAAUUGUAGGCUGUAUAGAAAUAAUUAUACUCAAAUUAAUAAAAUAAUAAUUUAUA